CUGUUCCCUCGUUCACAUGAGUUUGAUGAUGAGGCUGAUUCCACCGGAGAGUCCUCCACAUGAAGCUUAUUAUGAUUUCAACUCAGAACAACGCAAAGGACCUGAGCUGCAGUUGCCCGGACGUCUGCGAAGUGCUUAAAUAUGCAUGUUAGAAACUAGCUGAAGAUGCAGGGGGCCAUUGCACGUGUGUGUGUGGUGGUGGCUGCUGCCAUACUAAACCGUCCCUUGCUCUUUCCUCAAGAGAACACCACGCUCCCGGACCAGGACGAGGAGCUGAUGGCUCGCAUGCGGGAGCACGAGGAGAGGCUGGAAAUGGAGCAGGCCAGGCUGGAGAAAGAGCUUUCACAGCUUGACCCAAAGCCCGAAGAAACCACCUCAGAGGAAGGUUAUAGUUGGUACUUUUGGAGCGCUGUGUCUUUCAUCAUAUUCUUCACUAUCGAGAUGUGCAGGGUGGAUCUUGCUGACACAGAAAUGCGACCGGCUGAUGAUGAAGACAUAUUUUCAGAGAGUGGAUCCAUCACCCCCAAGACAAUGGUACUAGAUAAAAAUAUCCUGAGUAACUUCUGUGACAAAUGUACCUACACUUCAGCCCAUGAAAACUGGAGGGUGAGGGAGUUUGUUGAGGGCUUUGCCGAUGAUUUACUGGAAUCGCUCAGGAGUAUGUGUGACAGGGAGGCAGACAUGGAAGUCGGGGACUUUGUCGGAAUUGGAAGCAUGUUCGAGUCUUGGAAGGUGUGCAAGCCUCUAAUGUGCGACCUUGUAGUGCCUUUCUCGCCUCCAGAUCCAUACUCCUUCCAGUUUCAUCUGUGGUGCAGCCCUAACAGUGACAUGCCUCCAGACAUGCAGGGCUGUGGCAAAAUAAAGGUGACCAGGUUUGGGGAGAGCGAGGACGGCUGUGUCUGUGGCUCUGCUAAUCUGGGAGAGGACGUGCUUUGUCUGUUGCAUAGCAGGAAUGAAGCCAUCAAAGUGGACCGCAGCCCUGAUGAACUGCUUUGCUCCAAGAACACACCUUUCUUGGCCAAAGAUCAAGUCAUGAAGUGGUUUCAGAUCUCUGUAACCAAAGCGUGGGGACGCAUCUCUCACAAAUACGACUUUGAGGUCACUUUCCGUAACUUGGAUGCCGCCGGUGCUCUGAAGAUCCGAUUCCGUUCAGGGAAAGUCAUCGUACUGAACAUAAUACCUGUGGUUCAGCUGGAGGAUACAGAUGCUUAUUUUGUCUCGCACUUCCCAUCAGAUUGUGACAGCUCUCCAGGCCCACACUGGCCCCUCUCUUUUGCUGUUUAUGAGAGGAAUUUGCUGAAACAUUUCACUAAACGUCUGCCACAAAAUUCCUGUCAUUUACACUGUCUUCAGGUUGUUACUUUCCUACACAGAAAGCAGACGGGGCUCACAGGAAAGAGCGCCCUUACUAACUACCACAUAAAGACUGCUCUGAUGCACUUGUUGCUGAGUAAAAGAUCCUCUGUGUGGGGCAUUGGGAGUAUGGAGCACAGGCUUCGGGAUGUGCUCAGCUUCUUGCAGAGCAGCCUACAAGAGAAGAGACUUCAUCAUGUUCUGAUUGGGAACAGCAAAGUGCCAGAAGAAGUCCACGUUCCUAAGUUAAUUCGCAAAGCAGAGCCCAUCAAUCUGUUCAGGUCUCUGGUGCUGCAGACAGAGCUUUACGCUGCAACAGUCAGGCAUUUUCAGGAGAUGCUGAGAAAUGCACCUGUACUCAUACAAGAGUACACACCUCACUUAUCAAAUGGAGGUUUACACCACAGCCUAGAUGAAAGGUUGUGAGCACUGGCCACAUCCAGUGUCUGAAUUAUUUCUAACCUUUACCACCAGCAGAUCUUAAAAUGCCAUUCAGUGUUACUUAAGGUGAAGUUACUAAUACAAGGUGCACAUAUAACAGUUGUUUCCGUUUCAGUUCAGCGGUUUUGCUGUAGCUGCUUUUGUUACACUUGACACAGUAACCAUUGUGUGUGUGUGUGUGUGUGUGUAUAAAUAUAUAUAUAUAUAUAUAU